GCGACGAUCGGCGACGUAAGCGACAUCUCAUUUCUUGAGGGUUGUGACGAGCAGCUCUACUUCAGGCCGUCACGGCCGUCCUCGGGACCGACCCCUGCUCUGUACCUCGCUCACCCUUGCGAACGUCGCGGCGAUGGCCGACAGCGAGUUCGAAGAGUUUCGGCACUACUUCGAGAGACUGCCCCAACACCUAAAGGCACCGCUCUCCAACUACACGCUCGUACACGAUGUGAUGAUCGAUGAUUCGCCGACGUCUUCGCAAGGAAGCGAUGGAGAGGUCGGCAGAUCCUGCGACGUCGUCACCGGCGACUCCGAGGAUGAGGAAGUCGUCGUCAUUCACCGGCACGAUAAUCAAAGCGGGCACACUACUCCCGAUGACAGCGAGGAGCUAGAUCAUCACUGCUCGAUCAUAGCUGACAGCGAUUUUAGGUUGGUAACGUCCUUGUUCGGUGGACUGAGCAGCAGGGGUCGAUCGGUAGGCGGCGGCGGACCAGGACCGGGCGGGGGUGGUACUAUCGUAUCCGGUAACGGUGGUCGGGAUAGUGUCGUCAGUGAUGUCGGCGAUUCAUGUUCCAGUUUGAGCUCCUGGCCUACGCCGGAGCACGUGCCGUCGAAUCGACCCGGAAGUGGCGGUACCGAGCGCAGACGUCGAAGACUGCCGGAAAUUCCUAAAAGCAAAAAAUCUUUGCCCAUGUGCCAGACGUCUAUACAGACGUCGACCUCGCUGGCAGACGAGUUGAGUGCCGCCACCGGUUCGACGUCGGCCCGGCCUCAUCUCAUCUUAAGGAAAUGUCAUCCCAGACUCCGUCACGAGGACAGCUCGCCCGACAGCGAGAGGAUGGCCACCGACAGCGGUCAUUCCACUGCUCAUUCUCCCGAUAAUGGCCCCAAGAGUGUGUCGCCUAUACCAUGUAAUACCCUACAAAAUACAGACUCGGCGUCACCCAGUAGCACUCCAGGAAGCGGAGGCGUACCGUUCACCCAACUGGAACUGCUCGAGGCAACGCAUCGAGGCUUGCACAAGUUCAUAUCGCGGCAUCAUGACGAAAUUGAUCUUGAAAUUGGAGACCCCAUAUACGUGCAAAAAGAGGCCGACGAUCUUUGGUGCGAAGGCGUGAAUCUGAGGACAGGCCGGCAAGGUAUCUUUCCAUCAGCUUACGCGGUUGACAUGGACUACAGUGACUUCGAUCCUACCGCGCCCAAAGUUAAGAGAGAGAGAUAUCUCCUGGGUUACCUGGGUUCUGUGGAGACUUUGGCGCACAAGGGUACGGGAGUGGUUUGUCAGGCAGUGCGGAGGAUUCUUCGCAACUCCUUGCAAGAUCCGCCUGUCUCACAGAGCUGCAUCUUGGAGGUAUCCGAUCAGGGUCUUCGAAUGGUCGAUAGAAGUAAACCGCGAAAAAGUCAGGGUCCUUGUCACGAUUAUUUCUACUCGCUGAAGAAUGUAUCAUUCUGUGCGUUUCACCCUCGCGAUCAUCGCUACCUCGGUUUCAUCACGAAGCACCCCACUCUGCAGAGGUUCGCUUGUCACGUGUUCAUCGGUCAAGAAUCCACAAGACCUGUUGCUGAAGCUGUCGGACGCGCUUUUCAUCGGUUCUACACGAAAUUCAUCGAGACUGCUUUCCCGAUAGAGGACAUCUACAUUGAAUAAAUUGCUCUCAGUCUAACUUAUAGUGGCUGCGGAAAAAAUGAUACAUCUCACUUCCCCCCUUAUCCCCUGUAUAUAUCGCCCGCUAGUUGUAGAUAUAAAAUAAUAAACGCGAAUCAAAUACCCAAUUUAUACAUAUAUUGAAUAUAUGUAUAUUGUACAUGGAGCGUUUUGGGAAGCAUCACGACGAGAGUUCGAGUCUCCGUUAACAAUUUAUUAUAUUAUCUCGUUAUUAUAACAAUUUUUAUUAUCUCGUUAUAAUUUUUUCUUUUUAUUCGUCGUUUAUUAUCGAUCUUUCCUAAUUUCGUACGUGGCAUUUAAUAUAAUCCUAUAUAUUAAAUAGUUGAAAAGAAUGAUUUUUAUUAAAUACUAUUAAUUUCAAAAAUCAUUUUCUUUUUACAUAUAAUACAUACAUUAUUUUGGAUGAAAUUGACGAUAUUUUUAUAUUGAAUUAAGAAAUAUUUUUAAUACUUCCUUAGUUUCUGUUAACAAAACAAUGACAGAACGGUACAUGAAAUCGACUGACAAUGAAUGAAUGAAGAUAAAUGUUGACAUUUUAAUAGUUGAGAAGUGAUCUAUUUUCAAUUACGAAGCUUUAUUGUCGAAAUUAUAUUUCUUCGCAAAUGAAAAUAGAACAACUUCUGCAAAUUGUUUUAACCGUUUAACAGCCAAUGUUUCCAAAUAGAAACAUAUCACUUUUAAGUAAAAAAUAUUUUUUGCUAUAUCUCUUUGUUAAAAAAAUAUACAUUAAUUUUUUAAAUAAUAAGAAUAAUAUAUGUUGAUAUUUAAAGUACGUUCUUUAAAUCUUAAUUUUAUCAAAACUUUCUUUCAAUUAAAAUUAAACAUAAAAAAGUUCAAAAAUAAUUCUUUUUCAAGAAGAAAAAAUAAUUAUUUUUAAUUUUAAUAAUUUGGCAAUUAGACGGUUAAAUAUCAUGACUCAUCGUAUUAUCGGAAGGUAGUAUAUGCCUUUUUGACUAGACUUCACUCCUGUUUAAGAUCAGAAGAGAGCGUGAUAGUCACGAUGUGCCCGAAGAAGACUUUGUUAAACAUUCUCUAAUAAGCAGUUUCGGUAAUCAAUAGCGAAUUAAUUCCCAAAACUUCAAUCCCAUAUGACCAAGUUAAUCCGCUUAGUGACGGAUAGAAAGAGGAGACGACAAUAGAGAAUGAAAGAAUGUUGGAUCAUUCGGAGUUUAGCGAAAAAUCAUAGUAAAGUUCGAGCGAUUUGGGAGAAGAAGUAAUGCUUAAAUUUUUGGCGCGUAUCGGAUGUGCUUCUUGCUGAUGGCGUUUCUCACCGUGUAGCAACGAAUAGGUACCUAGAAUGAUCUUCAACUGUACUGUUCUCACUGUUAGAGAACGGCGGCCCGCGCAUGGGCGCGCUGCUAUUUAGAAACUCGUAUAUUUUUCUAUCUUUCUUUGCGGCAGAGACUCACCAAUCAUAUAAGUUUCACUGUAUGAGACGGCAAGAUUUCCCCGAAGUUUGUACACUCAAAUUUACGCACGAGCCGCGUGAAAAAAAGUAAUAAAAAAAAAGAAGAAACAACAUUGUCGAACGGGCCUCCGCAUUCGAAGUAUCAUUGUAUUGCGCUGCAUCGCAACGUUUCCAGCGACUUAUAUAAAAUAUGAACCAAAUUGCAAGUACGUACGUAGCUUCAUUGCCGGAAAUGCGAAAUGAUAGGAAAAUAGAGACGGAAUGCGAUACUAUCUGCGUGCAAUUGAGAAGAGUAAUUCUCAUUAUCAAUCGAUGUGUAUCGCUAUCGAUAUCCGUUUUUAUUCAGUUCGCUAUUUCACACUGCCUUUAUCACGACGUUGUGUACGCAGAACGCGUGUAUGAUAUCCCAGUCGCAAAUUAUUUAAAUUGAUUCAUAAAUAAGUUCCAUUUUGUUUAACUAAAUUUUUAUACAUUUUCCUGAUCAAAAUUAGAGUGCGAGUUAAAUGUAAGAGUGACAGUAACGUCAAUGAAACUUCUAGAAAGUGCAAAUUGUUAACAUUUCUUUUAUGUUCCAUCAUCCCAAUUUUCACUUCCUAGUUCCGCUUACGCUUUUGAUUCUUAUUUUUGCGAGGAUUAAAAGCAAUAAAUUUUAAUCUGUUUUAUAUAUUCUUUAUUAUUAUUCUACAUUUGCGGAAGAUAAAAUAAUUAAAUACCGCAAUACUGACUUCUUAGAAGUAGAUUUCAUAUUCAAUAAUUAUUUACACACUAAGAAAAAAUUUAACAAUAACAUAAUGAAAUUUAAUAAUAAUAAUAAUAAGAGAAUUCAUGUGUUUAAGUUAAAUAUAUUAAUGCUUAAACUGAAAAAUUUAAUUUAUAUAUAAAUACUUGAAUUAAAGAAAUUUAAUCAAGUUGAAAAAUUUAGUCAAGAAUUUUUCUCAGCGGAACUUAUUUGAAUCAAAAUCAGCAUUGGUCUUGAACUUUUAGUGUCGAGAUAUAACACACCGACAAAUGGAUUCGAUUAAUGGAUAAUUGUAUUAUCUCACUCUUAGGCGAUCUUUCAUGACCAAAGAUUAUAAUUUCCAUUUAAUGCAUGCUUGUGCAUGUUCCAUGGUGACUGUCUGUUCUCGAUGGUUUGUCAUUUGCCUUAGAAGAAAUAAUCAAUUAAAAAUUUGAUAUUAUUCUGAGUGAAUUUGAAUUUGAAUCUUUGACACAGAAAAUAGACGCGCAACUCUUAUGCCACGAUCGUCACAAUUGUAUUAUAAUUGACUUUAAAUCAUUGUGUAAAUUGUUUUAACAUUAAUUUAAUAUUAAUGAUCUCUAAAACAUCUUUUUUAGAAGCAAAUAUUCAGUUAGUUCAAAAGGCCUUACAAGCCUUCAAUUUCUUCUAUUAAUUUCUUUACAUCCACAAUAUUUUGAAUUGAAAAAUUAAAACAACAAUCAAAAUCAUCUUGUGACGAAAUCUUUGCAAUUUCGUAACUGGGAUAUCCUAUUUGUACCGGAGAAUCUUGUCAAUUUAUAGACAUCUCCUCGACAAUACGAGCUCUGUGCGUUGUCUUACUUGGGAUUUGGUGCAUGUUAGAUAAGUACAAUUCACACGCCUCAAUUAUACGGUAUACUGAAUAAAAAUUGAGAGACAGA